UUUUACGAGGUUUGGUAUUUAUAAGAAUUACUAUUACUGCUAAUAUUAAGGAUGGUGACAGAAUAAAAAAAACAUCUUGGAAAAAUAUAUUAAUAAUAAUAUAACCGUUUUUGACCGUGCUGGUCACGCGAAUCCUUUCUUCCGAACUUGUUUCCGGGGGACUUAUUUUGCACGCUGGAACAAAUCUCCGAAACAGGCAAAAGUUGUCGCAAUGGAGUGACAUUUCUCGUCACCUAUCACUGCAAACACCAUUCAAUGCAACGCCUUUCGGAUGAAACAACACGGGAAAAAAAUUAUAUUUUGCUACCGAAACUUCGUAAAACGAAACCAUUAGGUUACACGAAGCUAGCGUGACAUUGGCGACCAGUAGUAAGAAAAUGACGUCUCGGUGACUUCCAGUGAAGACAGCCAUGAUGUUUCCCUUAAGGGGGCUUCCCUUGUUUCACCUGACGCGACACCUCCAGGUGGUCUCUCACUCCUUCCACAUCCGCUCUUUGCAAGCCCCACUCCGGCAUGCUCGACAUGGAGCCCCUCGCGCCGGCGGGCUCGUCCUGGUUCCACAUGGCACCGCCGGGACGCUCUUGACCAAAACUCCUGGCCUCCUUCGGCCCCCUCUAUGUGGGGCUCAGUUCCGUACCUCUGCCCGGGUGGAGGCUUUACCAGCUCCUCUGAUAUGGCUGGUGCUCAAGCCUGUACAGAAGCUCAUGGCCAUCAUACUGGGCAGGAGUUUAAGGAAGUGGUGGGUGGGGCUGCCGGACGACCGGCGUCAGCUCUUCCGCCAGUGGGUGUGGCGGCGGCGCUGGCGGCUGGCGGCGGCGGCGGGCGCAGCGGCAGCCAUCACGGCCCUCCUCCUCCUCACGCACCUGGACCAGUCGCCCGUGACUGGACGCACGCGCCUGCUGGUGUUCAACAGGCAGAACUACAUGGAGCUGGCAGCCUUCACUUCGGAGGCGUACAUGGAGGAGUUUGGCGAGCUGCUGCUUCCCGAGAGCGAUGCUCGUCACCAGGCGGUGGAGCGAGUGGUACAGCACCUGGCCCGGCGCAACCAGGACCUCCCCGAAAUGGCCGACGUGGACUGGAGCGUCCACGUGGUGCAGAGUGACAACACCAACGCCUUUGUGCUCCCGAAUGGCAAAGUGUUCAUGUUCACCGGCAUGCUGGAAGCUGUGGCAGAUGUCCACCAGCUCACCAUCGUGCUGGGACACGAAAUGGCUCAUGCCUUACUAGGACACGCCGCGGAGCAGGCCAGCCUGUCCCACGUGGUGGACCUCCUGUCCGUGGUCCUGCUGACCGCCAUCUGGGCCGUGUGUCCCCGUGACAGCCUGGCGCUGCUGGGUCAGUGGGCCCAGGACAAGCUCACGCAGUUGAUGUUCAACCGUCCCUACAGCAGGAAGCUGGAGGCGGAGGCGGAUGAGGUCGGCUUGCAGUUGGCGGCGAAGGCAUGUGCGGAUGUGCGUGCGGGUCCGGUCUUCUGGCAGCAGAUGGAGAUCAGGGAACAGCUGAGUGGAGAGCCCAGCCUGCCCGAGUGGCUGUCCACGCAUCCGUCGCACAAGAACCGCGUGGCACAGCUGGACCGCCUCGUGCCGCAAGCUCUGGAGUUGAGGGAGCACUGCGUGUGUCCCGCCCUGCCGCCCACCGACCCCCGCGCCGUCUUCUCCAAGAGCGUGCGCGUGCUGCUGGACGAAGCCAAGGCGGCCCCGCAACCGAGUUCGGGCGGCGCGCGCCGGCCUCAACACGGGCCCGCCGGGGUGGUGGCCCCCGCGGCUCUGCUCGCUCAAUCCGGGCCACCUUUUUCACCCCGCCUGAGCCGGGGGGACAGUAAAGCUUUGGAAGGGGCCGGAGCAGCAGCUGUGCCUCCAGAACGGACUCAAUGAAAGGAGAAGCCUGUGGUACUGAUGCUACUCAGUGAUCCAUACUGUACGGUAGAUAGGGGACCCUCGUUUUAAGGUUAGGAUAGAUGCAGUCCAUCAAAAAAGUUUCCUGUACUACUGAAUUCACUCCUGAGUACCUGAUCCCAGUGGAAAAGCAAAGUUCCACCAUUAAUAUGUGAGCAAAAACCUUUUUCACGCUUUGGUACUGCAAAAUUGCCAUGUGGGAACCCAGCGUUAUACAGAGAAACUCUGGUCAUGAACCGAACGUUCGCAAACAGAGGUGACGGUUCCCAUUGAAAUGAAUGGAAAUGCAAUUACAGUGUUGCCUUAAAAUAAGUGUGAUCCGACUUAGUCGUUCAGACCAUUAUUGCUUAGACUUGCAAGCAAACAUUUGGGGUAUGAGAGCUGGAGGGUGGCAGUGAACUCCAGGAGCAGUUUGGCAGAUAGUCAACAAUUCUUCAAAAAAAAAGACGCUUCAAGCUGUUUAUUUCCACUCCCACUUCAAGUUUCCCGUCAAACUAAACAUAAAACAAAGAGAAUCACACCUUGUGUGCGAAAAACAACAACAUAGCUUUGCCUUAAUAAAGUCAGUUUAGCUUAAUGCUAACCAACAAUGCAAAAUGCCUUAGACAGGCUAAUGAAUAGCGUCAGCGUCGCAGUGUUAUAACCCUUUAAAGCAACAAAUAUUUGAACACAAACGGUGGAACAACACAUGUAGAUAGACAAUAUAACAAUACUCACAGGCAUAUACUAUAUUCUUUGCAAAAAAUGACUGAUAUUACAGCAACUUACUGAGUCAGUUGUGAAACUCUUCUUGUGUGUCUCUAUGUCUGUAUUAUACUGUAUUUGUCAGCCAUUCUUGUAGGGUGAAUAGUUUUAUAUAGUGGUUUUACACUUGAAGAACAGUUAAAAUGUGAAAUUAAUGUGUUAAAUCAGAACAAUUUUGGCAUCUGGGAUGCACACAGACUACAGAUGACAUACACACACAUACACACAAACACACAGUUGCCGGGCGGAUUUCGAGGCCAGAAAUAGAGAAAAGACAACGUGGAAGCGUCUCAAUCGACAAGGAAGCCGGGAAACAAAAGAACAUCCGUCUAUGCUGAGCUGGCAUCGUUCACUUUUAAAUUAAACAUUUGAAUUGGGGAAGGGGGCCCAAAACAAAGCAAAAAGUCUGCGCUUGUUAUUCAAAUCUUGUGUUUCUUCUCUCAAGACGCCCACAGUCCCGUCUGGAAUGAAGCAGGGGAACGCUGGCAGCUAUUUCCAGGUAUCGUGAGAACGUGCAGGACACAGCUGCAUUGUGGGAGGCGCCUGCCGUGGCCCGUCAUGCACUCUGACCAAACGUUGACCUCUGCAACUCUUGUUUCGGAAUAUAUUGGAUGUGUGCGUGAAACUGUGUGUGCAAAACGCUGCGACACAUCAAUUAAUGAUGCAGCAUGUGGGUUUUAGAUUGGAAAGGAAUUAUUUAGGCAAUUUUUGAAAUUGAUGCUAAGUUUAUUGUCCAAAAUUUUGCGGACCCCCAGUUACAAGUCCAGGACCACUACUGCUCUAUCACACUCGCACAUAGAAGGGUACCAGUGAUGGCAAAAUAACCGUAACCACAGGAAAGGCUCUGGCAGCCCAGUACAGUACGAACUCCACACGUCUGCCAGGCAUGUUCAACAGGUGAGUAGUUUUGCUUUAUUUUAGUUUUUCUUAUGGUAAAAAUAUUUUUACACUUGUAUGACAGUUUAGGAUUUUUGUUUUGUUGAAGAAAGGGAUUAAAAAAGGACCGUUUUAUCAAAACUGUGAACACAAACCCCAAUUUUUCUAGAGUCUCAAAACCUCAGACACCGUAAUCAAAACCAAACAUUGUUGUCAAAUCAAACCCUGAGUCAGUCAACAUGAAAAACACCACUGGCCGGUCAUUAUGCACACCAUAACAAAAAUGAAAAGCAUAGAUCAGAUCAUAAAGCUGGAGGAAUAAUCUUUGUUCAUAUAGGAAUCCAGUUUGCAAAAAUCCUGUUUAACACUAUAUACUGUACACAACUUAUAGUCAUCAAAAUUUUCUUUUACAGUACUCACAUAAAUGUAGAUGCAUAUAUUUGCGUCGAUGGAGGCAUGUGGUGUUCCUGAUAUGUAAUUUACAAAAUAAUGAUUCAUAUAAAACAUGUGUUAUACAUGGUAAACAAG